CAUGGGAUAUCUAAAAUUUAUUAGUUGUUUGGGCACUCUUCUUGCAAUUUUAUUGUAUAGAAAUUACUUAAAGGACGUUGCAUUUAAAAAUAUAUUUAUUAGUACUACAGUUGCAUUCUUCUUUUGUUAUCUUACUACAAUACCUUUGGUUACUAGAAUGAAUGUAUAAUGGGGAAUAGACGAUAGAUUUUUCUGUCUAGGGGAUUCUGUGAUCCUAUAAUUUAUUGGAGAAUUGAAUUUGCUUCCUAUUUUAGUGUAUGCAUGCAAAAUAUGUCCUAAAAACAUUGAAGCCACUAUAUAUGCUAUGCUUAUGGCCACAAUGAAUUUAGGAACCUUUGCUGGAGGAUAAUUCGGCAAUCUAAUCUUAUAUGAAAUGGGAAUCAAUUAAUAAGAUUACUCUAAACUAUAUAUUUUUAUAGCUCUAUCAAGUCUCUUUAUCAUUUUACCCUUGCCAUGGAUUCAUAUUAUAAAUGAUAAAGUAACGCCACAAGAAUAAGAAUAAUAGUCUGCAUAGAUCGAAGACAUUGAGGAGAAAUAAUAACUCAUUACUGAAGCAGAAUGA